AACUUGAACUUUGGCUUCCAAACUCUGGAAUAUCCAGUUUAAAAAAGAAAUUGGCAAAAGUCAUGAAGGGAAAGUAGUUUCCGCUGUGCUCCAUCAACUCUCACGGUUUCACCUUACCUGUUCCGUCCUCUUUGUCGAUCGUCCUCCCAUCUUCUCCUGCAAAGUCGAAAACCCUGAUUUUACUAAAAUAUCUGCAACUUUUGCCCCCUUUUGAUCCUGCUCAGCUAUGGCGAUGACCGUUGAAGGGCUUGCUUUUAUGUUCUCAGCUAGCAUAUUGUUACAGAUCCUGGCUUGUGCAAUAUACAGUAACUGGUGGCCAUUGUUAUCAGCUCUUAUGUAUGUUCUAGUGCCCAUGCCUUGUAUGUUCUUUGGUGGUGGGACUACUCAGUUCUUAACUAGUCGUGACGGUGGAGGAUGGAUAGAUGCUGCAAAGUUCUUAACAGGGGCAUCAGCAGUGGGGAGCCUAGCCAUUCCAAUCAUUCUCAGGUGCUCUAACAGACAAAUGAAGAAUAACAUUCGGAAUGAAGUGGAGAAUGUUUUCCCAUGUAUAUAGCUAGAACACAAGUUCUUUUCUGAAUCUUCAUAAUUUAUUAGGUUCCCUCUUCCACAAGUUGUGAUAUGAAUUUUAUAACGGGAUUAGAUAUUAUUGCUAAGAGAUCAGUAAGACCUGUUACAAACACGUGCAGACAUAAUCACAUAAGAAUUGUGUAUUUGUUGCAUGUACUGGAGAUAGUAGUGUGGUUUGGUUCCCGUAGGAAAGGAAAGGAAAGGAAGGAAGGAACCCAAAAAAAAAAAAAGGGGGAUAAAAAGGUCCGGUUGCUUCCGUUCCUUAUUUCUUCUCAACUCCUUUAUGCAAAAUGGGUACACCUCAGUGAUCCACGUGUUCCGUUGAAUUCUUUUACAGCAGCUUCAUCGGGUACGGAAUGGAAUGGAAGACCCGCAUUCUCUCCCCAAAUGAAAAGUUAUGCUCCUUCUGUGGUGACUGACCAGUCGACCAGAGAUGGUUCAUCCAUCGUCAAGGUUCAUUGUUUUAUAGGACUCGUCAUGUUCUGCAAGAGCAAACCUUGCUUUCAGGUUUACUUGGACUAACACAGAAGAAUAUUCGG